GAGGACAAAAAGAAUCUCUAAUUCACUUCCGUCGCUUCCGGUGCGCGCGCCCUAACUCUGUAAGCAAGGGAAUUCCCGGCGAAGGAAUGGGAUACGAACCGGCGAAAGUCGAUUCCGGUGGCAGAGUCGACAAUCGGAGCACAAAGGAGUUGGUAAUGUCUCUGAAGUCGGAGUUCCAGACGUCGAGUUUCGAGUUUGUGGCGUCCAUCUUGGCCUCUAGAGAAGAGAAGCUGAAGCGGGAGAUUGCGACCAAGGCGGAGGAGAAUCAAGGACUCUGGCUGGAGAAUGAGCAGUCCAGGUUGUUCAUUAUGAAAUUGGAGGAAGAACGGGAAAGCUGGAAAACGGAAGCUGAAAAGACGAAGAGAGAGAUUCACGGGCUCCGGCUGGAGAGAAAGCAGGCCAGGUUGGAGAAGAUGAAAUUGGAGGAAGAACUGAAAAGCUGCAGAAUGGAAGCUGAAAAAGCCAAGGGUUUCGAGGAUCGUGUCAAUAGGCUUGGGGAGGAAAUGAAGAAGUUGCAAGCCGUACGGCUUGCUGGAUCUGAAGACGUCGGGAGAAGGGGAGUCCAAGAACCGCCGGAGAAUCGCGGAGAGAUUGUUCGUUUGACAACGGAGGGAAACGGGAUUUCCAGUGCUUCAGGAUUGAAGAAGGUUGAUGGCAACAAGCAAUUGAACAUGGAAAUGAAUGUGAAGAAGGAGAAGGAAGAUUUGGCGAGUGGAGGAGGGAUUGAGGUCUGUAAGAGGGUAGAACUUGGCAUGGAGUUGAAUGUGAAGGAGAAUGAAGGAGGUGACAAGAUUGGAUUGAACAGAAGUGUCGAUCUGAAAUCCCAUCAAGCUGAUAGUAGCUCUGGAAACGCAAGACCAGCACCACCAGGAGGCAAUUUUGUUGAGAUCAGUGAUAGUGAUGAUGAACCUACUCCUUCAAAGGCUCCAAAUGAAACAACUUCUAAGCAGCCACCUGCGGGAGCUGGUCACUCAGGAAAAACAGCUGCUGAAGAUGGGACCGGGGUGCUGAAGAGGAAGUGCUCCAGCUUCGGUGCAAGUGAUCACUCUGAUCAGCAUCCCAAAAAGCUGACAAAACACCACGGCAUGAUUCAUAUUAGUAGAACUGUUGCGGCACCUACUCCUUCAAAGGCUCCAAAGGAAACAACUUCUAAGCAGCCACCUUCGGGAGCUGGUCACUCAGGAAAAACAGCUGCUGAAGAUGGGACCGGGGUGCUGAAGAGGAAGUGCUCCAGCUUCGGUGCAAGUGAUCACUCUGAUCAGCUUCCCGAAAAGCUGAAAAAACACCACGACAUGAUUCAUAUUAGAAGAACUGUUGCGUCACCAGCAAAGCUGGGACCAAAACAAGCAUUAGCUGCCGUGCUCAGCUCCAGCUCCAGCUCUAGCUCCAGCGCCAGCUCUGACGAUGAUGUAUUAGUAGAACUGUUGCAGGACCAGCAAAGCUGGGACCAAAACUAGCAUUCGCCGCCGUGUCCCAACUCCAGCUCCUGCUCUGACGAUGAGUUCGAUCCGUCGACUGAUAUUGCCUACAAACCGAGUCUAUGCUAACUGUUACAAGUAAUCUCUUAACCCUUUCACAUGUAGUAUGCUUAGUCCAGGGCUUACUCUGUAGAUAUCUAACUGUCCCUGAAGUGAAGAUUGGCCUUUUGCUGGCCACCCUCGACUCUCUGUAGGAUACAGCAAAGUUUGAAUGAAGUGGGUAGGAUCAGAAUUGGUCCAGGAACUAGGAAUU